AUGAAAGAUCAGGUUAAAGAUCGAACAGAUGAAUUGACAUCAUUAGAGAACUGGUAUCGAUUUCUCUUGGAAAUUGUCGAAGUUGUCUUAAAUAAGAUAGGGCCUGAGCGAGUUGGAAUUAGAUUAUCACCUUUUGUCAAUUAUUGUGAAUGUGGAGAGUCCAAUCCUGAAGAAAUCGGCCUUUACAUGGCAAAUACUCUGAACAAAUAUGGUAUUCUAUACUGCCAUAUGGUAGAGCUAAGGAUGAAGACCGUAGAAGAAAGAGUUGAGAGCCCUCAUAGUCUUGUGCCAAUGAGAAGGGCCUUCAAUGGCACAUUCAUUGUUGCUGGAGGCCAUGACCGCGAAAACGGAAACAAUGCAGUGGUUAAGAACUAG